UCUUGACAUUUGUUUGUCAAGAUGGCUGCGGCUAUAACAUGCCGCCUGACUGCUAUAUGCAGACAAUUUCAGCGCGUUCUCACCGUGUCUUCAUACACACAACCUCAACAUGCAACUCAAGUUCUGUCCAGAUUUCACUCUUGUCCACAAAGACAGAUGCAUGAUACAUGGUGGUUUCGAAGUCCCAUGUAUAGUCGAGCCCUCCAUACGUCCUGUGGCAGAAAAGGACUGGAAGAAUUUUUUGACCUCCAGGAGAACUGGGGUGAAACAACAGUUAAAUCAGGUGCCCCAUGGACUGCCAAACAGCUUAGGUCAAAAAGUAACGAAGACUUACACAAAUUAUGGUAUGUUCUCUUGAAAGAAAAGAACAUGCUACUCACUAUAGAACAGGAGGCAAAACGACAGUGUGUUCAGAUGCCUAGUCCAGAACGCAUCAAAAAGGUUGAGAGGUCAAUGAAGCGUCUCGACACAGUUGUGAACGAGCGAGAGGAUGCUCUUCGCUUAUUGCAGACAGGACAAGAGAAAUCCAGACCAGGGGCAUGGCGAAGAAAUGUCUUUGGCAAAACAAUGUGGCACAGCUAUAGGGAAUACCCCAUCCCCUGGUAUCUGAAUACGAGAUACAAAAGGAGGCGUUUCUAUGAACCAUCACAUGUUGCCCCUUACACAAGGUUGAGCCUUGAAAAAUAUAUGAAGACCAAAAUUCAGAAAGAAAAAAGAGAAAAGGGAAACCAAAAAAGGCUUGCAGAUAUAUUCCCAAAAAAGACUGCACUGGCAUGAGACCUUUGAAAAGACAAAUGAGCUUUUCACAUUUAAUAUUUCCUCUUCAAAAUCUAAUACUUUCUCAUUUCUCCAGCAGUUUUGGAGGGAAAACUUUUGUUGUACAGUUAUAAAAAUAAAUGUAUCAACAUGA